AUGGCAGCAACCUUCAUCCGCCAUUCGCGCUCGAUAGUCUCGAUGGCCCAGUCCCAUCAGCCGAGCCGACACCGCUUCCCCCCACCGACCACGGUCGAGCGAAUACUCCCACCCAGCCCACCUCUUGACAACAUCAGCGGCCAACAGCCAUCAGAUAUCAGAUUGACCGAGAACAUCAAACAGCAGUUCGCUCUAUCGGUCCCUCUCCUCGCCGCAAGAGUCCCCUCGCCCUUGAUUACCAAGUUCAAGGCUCAUCCUGAAGUCAAAAAAGCCUUACUCAACUCUAAAAACUUGAGAUCUGUCGAACCUGAUCCUGAAUCGACCGAUAACGCGUUCAAACUCCUGCUCCUCAAUACGUGCCAAAAAGAUGAAAUCCCUCUUUCUACUCUCAAUGUCUUCCAGGAAAAUGAGAUUCAAAUUAAAGAUACCCAACUCAAUCUUAACUGGGACUAUUGGAUGGCAGAUGAAAUUGUUGAAAGACUUUUGCCCGAUCAGUUGAAUGAUAUUCCGGCUUCAUUUACCAUGAUCGGUCAUAUUGCUCACUUCAACUUACGCGAUGAAUAUUUACCUUACAAAUAUUUGAUCGGCCAAGUCAUCCUUGAAAAAAAUUUAGCAAUCAAGACUGUCGUCAAUAAGGUCGAUAACAUUAAUACUACGUUUCGGUUCUUCGAGAUGGAGUUAUUAGCAGGAGAACCUAAUUACUUGGUCACCCUGUGGCAGAGCGGAUGUCGAUAUCGGUUUGAUUUUUCGAAGGUAUAUUACAAUCCAAGACUAUCGACUGAGCACGAUCUACUAAGCUCGCAGAUUGAGAAGGACGAGGUAGUAGUGGAUGCGUUUGCAGGUGUGGGACCGUUUGCGAUGCGGGCGGCGGCGAACCGGAAGGCGUGGGUGCUAGCGAGCGACCUGAACCCGGCCUCAGUCGAGGCGCUGGAGACUAACGUCAAACUCAACAAGCUCCACGGACGGGUAUCUGUAUCGAUUGGCGAUGGCAGGGAGAAGGUUAGAGAGGCCGUCCGGACCCUCUGGCUCGAUAAACCCUUUAAAAUACCAAACACUUCCCCACUCUUACCCGAUCAUUUUAUCAUCAAUCUGCCGGACUCUUCAAUCCAGUUCCUCGACGCUUUCAGAGACCUUUAUAUUCCCCUCUCCAACUCUGAAGGGUUUCUGGAUGCGGUCAAGAAGAAAUCCAAGUUACCCUUGCUACAUUGUUACUGCUUCACUAGACAAGUAGAUGAUGCUGAAAAUGACAUCUGCCAGAGAGUUAGUGAAGUGAUGAGAGUUAAGAUCAGUCCAUCUACUGUUGCUCGUUUCGAGCUCAAGUUUGUCAGGGCUGUUGCACCUCACAAGGAUAUGUACCGGAUCACCUUUGAAUUACCCCUUGAACUCUUACUGUUCUCUUCUUACUCUCCUGAUGAAAUGAAAGGAAAGCAAGUCUAA